UUCCUAUGUUAACACGUUCGCUGACAGUACGUCGAAAGGCGGGAAAUUUAAAUUAUGCAUUGUGACAGUACGUCGAACGACGGUCUACUUUUUGUUUAGAAAAUUCGCACUACGUCAAUCGACGACAAUUUACCAUACUAGUCUUAUGAAGAGCAAUAUCUACUGUCACAUUGUAAGCAAUCUCAUAUUUCUAACUGUCGUAUUACCAGGGUUUAAAGGUAGUUUUAUAUUGCUGUCUCGCUCUUUACACAAACACAAGUGAAUGACCCGCGUAUGUGUACUACGUCGAGCGGCGUCAACGCACGCUUGUAUUCUAGAACAUUCAGUCCGGUCAGUGCCGCAUUGUGCGCACCACGCGUUUAUCGAGCGUAAAUCAUGUCAGGAAACAAGCGCAACCGACGUCCGCUAAAUAUCUUCGACGAAGAAUCUUCAAAUUCGGAAGCUGAACCGGACCCAUAUGAAGACAAUGAUGGUGAUUAUGGCUCCGAUGAGAACUAUGAGCCACAGCAGCAGCUUGCUUCCUCUAGUUCCUCAGAAGAUAUAUUUUCAAUUAGAAGGCAACAUACGUCCCGAGGCCCGGUUGCUUCAUCGGAUUCGAGUAAGUCGCAUAUCACGAAUUUAAGUUCAGAUUCUGAACCUGACGAUAACCCUAACGAACAUGGUGUACCAGAUUCAGUAGAAAAUUCACCAUCUCUUGUCGUAUCUCUGUUUUCUCAGUCUGAUAAUAUAGAUUCUACAGUACAACGAAAAUCUCCAGAACCUGAAGAGCAGUUGUGGUCAAAUACUACUGACGGAAUUCCCGAUUUUGAGUUCGAUUCCGCUUCACAAGGUAUACAAUUUGAAGUUAGUUCUCUAACUAGUGUUGAACAGGUCUUCGACCAUGUUUUUCCAAAAGAGUUGAUGGAAUAUCUCGUCCAGUGUACUAAUAAUUAUGGCACAGCCUUGUGCAAUUUGAACAGACCUUCCACUCGUCAUUGUCGAUCUCAGUCUUUUCGUCAUGUUACCCUUGAAGAAAUGAGAAAAUUUCUUGGACUUUCAUUACUACAUGGUCAUGUUCGCAUUCCUAAACAACAAAAACUAUUUACUCACGAUGACCCUCUGUAUUUUCAUCCGAUAUUUCCACACACAAUGUCUUCGCGACGUUAUGAGCAGAUACUUCGAUGCUUAUGUUGUUCAGAGCUGGGCGCAAAAGGUGCUGAUAAGAUAAAAAAAAUUAUUGACAUAUUAACUAUGAAUUUUAGAAACGUCUACAAACCUGAAAAAGAGCUUAGUUUAGAUGAAUCGUUAUUAUUAUAUCGAGGUCGGCUUUAUUUCCGGCAAUACAUUAAAUCUAAGAAGGCAAGAUAUGGAAUAAAGUUCUAUGUACUAGCAACCGCUGAUGGUUAUGUUUUGGACGUAAUAAUGUAUAGCGGAAAAGACGACAGCAAUAUGUCGACUGGUUCAGAAUGCACAAAACUUGAACGGUUAGUAAUGCAAUUGAUGGGACCGUAUUUAUUGAAAGGCCACCAUCUUUUCAUGGAUAACUAUUACAACUCAGUUAAUCUUUCCCAGCGACUGUUAGAUUUAAAGACACACACUAACGGUACACUACGAGUAAACAGGAAAGAUAAUCCGAAGGAAGUAGUUGACAGAAAAUUGAAAAAAGGCGAACAUGUUUGGGUUAGGAAAAAUAAAGUAUAUGUUAGUAAAUGGGUUGAUAAACGACCGGUUACUAUGUUGACCACAAGAGACCAUCCCCGUAUGAUAGAGACUACCAACAGAUAUGGAAAAAUUGUUAAGAAGCCUAUAGAGGUAGCAACAUAUAAUAAGUUCAUGUCCGGAGUAGAUAGGUCUGAUCAAAUGAUUAACUAUUAUUCAUCGCCGAGAAAAACCAUAAGAUGGUAUAAGAAAGUGCUUUUUCAUCUCUUGGACACUGCGGUAUGGAACUCGUUUUAUUUAUACAAAAAAUAUGUAUUGAAUAAUUCUAAAUAUGAGUUAUCUAUGUAUCGGGAGCAGCUGAUUAAAAAAUUGAUAGACUUGAAAGAAAAUUGUAAGGGCAAAGAUUUACUGUUGACUAUAAGCAAAAAUAAUAAUAGACUACACAACAACCUCCAAAAAAAUAUUGUUGAUCCCAGUCAAGAGCCUAAAUUUUGGGGACAUUGGCCAAGACGCCAGCCUGCACCCGAAAAUUCUAAGAAAAAAUACUCGUUUCUGAUGUGCAAAAUGUGUUCCAAGAAUAAGAAAAGAGUCGAAACUAGCUACAGGUGCAUUGGUUGCCCUGGACUUCCCGCAUUAUGUCCUGAAUGUUUCCAAGACUACCACCAACUCCUGGAACAGCAAGCACAGUAGUGUUCUUAGCUCUUAUUAAUAUUUUUAUUUCGCCACAAAAAAAAUCAAAAAUAAAUAAUGGAUAAAAGUUCCAGUUCAUAAUCUUGUCGAGCUAAUUAAUAUAUUUUUUUACGACUGAUUUUAUCGAAUAAAUAAUUAAGUAAAUAAGAAGUACUAAUAUAAAACGUAAAAAAAUACAUGUUUUUUUUCAAAGUUAAAUUAUUUUAAUUAUGAUUGUUAGCAAUCAGUGAUAGAAGAUCUCAUUAUGUUAAGUUUACAUAUUUUGCCAAAAGUUUAAUUAUUUCAUAACAUUUUUCUCUUCAAUUUGUUGAUUUUAUUUGUUUUUAUUAAGUAAGUAAAUGAAUGAUGAAACUGUUAUUCGGGUUUGAAUUUUUUUAUUUUUUUACCUUUGCAAUAUCAAGAAAACUGUAAAAGAUGGAUAACAUGUCAUUAUUUCAUUUUCGAGUUUAUUUCAUUAAUAUAAUAACUUACUACUUUCGUAAACGUUUUUUUUUCAGUAAUAUACUGAAAUUCAAAAUAAAGAAUUAUUUUAGAAA